AUGCACGUGGCCUCGAUCGGCGCCGGCCCACGCGCCAUCCUUUCCAUCCACGGUUUCCCAGAGCUAUGGUACACGUGGCGGCACGAGCUCCUCUCCCUCUCCUCCCGCGGCUACCGCUGCGGACCUCCGGGGCUACGGCGACACCGACUGCCCUGCGCCGGCGGGCCUGGGGAUCCAGUAGUAGGUGUUCUUGGUGGGCCAUGA